AUGUCCAACAAUGACAGUAAUGGAAGUUCACCAUCUGGAGCUACAAAACCUUCUCAUCCACAGUUAGACAUGCGUCAAGAAGCUGCGAUAACAGAAAAAAGAAGACAGUUAAAAUUGGCUAUUCAAGGAACAUCCGGUGCUUCAUUUGGAUUCAAUUCUCCAAUUCCAAGCUUACAGUCAUUAAAAUUUGAAGAAGAUAAUAAAUUACUAAGCAAUGGUUCAACAACAAAACAACCAAAUUCAUCUAGAGUACGGUUAUCUAAUACUGAAACACUGAGUGAAAAAUCAAGAGAAAGACUAAAAAUGUGUCAAACAAUACAAUCCACUGGAAAACUACAACUUUCUGAAAACAAGGUGUAUGAUUUUACAUCAGAUGAUUUACAAGAUUUAGGAGAGAUUGGUCGAGGUGGCUUUGGAACUGUGAACAAAAUGUUACAUCGUAGUAGUGAUACAGUAAUGGCUGUUAAGAGGAUAAGAUCAACUGUUGAUGAAAAUGAACAAAAACAAUUACUAAUGGACUUGGAUGUUGUAAUGAAAUCUAAUGAAUGCCCUUAUAUUGUACAAUUUUAUGGAGCUCUUUUCAAAGAAGGAGAUUGUUGGAUUUGUAUGGAACUUAUGGACACAUCAUUGGAUAAGUUCUAUAAAUAUGUCUAUGAAAAAUUAAAUCAACGAAUUCCAGAAAAUAUAUUGGGAAAAAUAACUGUUGCGACUGUAAAAGCAUUGAAUUACCUUAAAGAAAAAUUGAAAAUUAUUCACCGUGAUGUUAAGCCCAGCAACAUUCUAUUGGAUUCUCGAGGAAAUAUAAAACUCUGUGACUUUGGUAUCUCAGGGCAGUUAGUGGAUUCUAUAGCAAAAACUAGAGAUGCUGGCUGCCGCCCUUAUAUGGCUCCGGAAAGAAUUGAUCCAGUUCGUGGUCGAGGAGGUUAUGAUGUCCGUUCAGAUGUUUGGUCCUUAGGAAUCACCCUAGUAGAAGUUGCUACUGGGCGGUUUCCAUAUCCAAGAUGGAGUUCUGUUUUUGAACAAUUGUGUCAGGUUGUUCAAGGAGAUCCACCACGAUUGCAGGCUUCUAACAACUUUUCCCCCAAUUUUGUGAAUUUCGUAAAUACUUGUUUGAUAAAAGAAGAAAAUCAAAGGCCUAAAUACAACAAAUUACUAGAACACAUAUUCAUUAAACGAAGUGAUGCUGAUAGUGUAGAUGUAGCUUCUUAUAUUAGUGAAAUAAUGGCUGCAAUGGAAAAUGAUGGUGCAUUCAUGUACACAAUGAAUGACCCUUGA